AUGGAAGAACGGCCCUGGGCGACAGAGAAAUUCAACAUCUUCAAUGGACAAGAACAAUGCGACUUCUCCCUCAGCACUGUCGGCAGAAAUCUAGCAAUACGCGUGCCAGUGGAAGAGUCGAACUGUAUCAGCUACAGUCUGGCGACUCUUUCUUUUGACGCUCAGUUCACUUUCAAGAUGCAAAACAACCUCAUUAUUUUUGCUCAAACUGGAUUUAUUACCUGCACUCUGGCGGAUUUUGAAACACAGCUGGAUUCUUCGAGUAUUUCCGUGACAAAUGAAGACACAGGCAAGUGCCCUGCGCUGAUGAAAGUCGGUGGAGACUGCUUGGAGAUAAAUGUAGAAAACCAAUGUUCUUCCCGAACAGAAGGAAAAUGUAAGGAAGACGCUUCGGCUCCACAAUGUGAAGACAUGGAGGAAAAUGAGACGUUUAUUUCUUACGAAUGCGUGGAAAAACCAAAUGAUUUUGACCCAUCAGAUGUCAACAAGGGCGACCCUUUUACAAUCUCUGCCUGCUGUAUAUCUCUCGUCACGCCGUACAAUCCCAACUUUGCUGAUCCAAAAUCAGAAGAGUACCAAGAGCUCUUGCAAGAAGUUAAAACCGCGGGGAGGACAGACCUGAACAUCGAAAGCAUCGAUGUCUACGAGACAGAAGAUGGCAAAACAAUUAUCUCGAUAGAAUCUCAACGAUAUCCGUGUUUUGGAACAAUGAGCUGUCCUGACGAACUCGAGGAUCGGACAGCUUUUUUCAACGACAUCAUCAACGAAGUUUUGGUAAAUCUAGAAACGGCAACAACAAAAGAAAUCACAAAAAUUGGUAAAACGACCGAUGAGUUCAAAAAAGAUCUGGAAGCAGCAAUCAUCAACGAAGGCGGUAUUCCACCACCCCCGCCGCCGAAAGAAGAAGAAAAAUUUGUCGAACCAAAGCUAGAAACCGUCGAAGAAAUUGUUGAUUUUCUCGAGGAUCCUGACGUGGGAAUCAUUCCAAUGGACAUCACGGCGGAAACGGUCACUGAAGAAGGAACAACAGAAGUCGAAGUUCGCCCGACAAAGGCGCCAUUUAGAGAGUUUAACACAGAAAAACUUAAAGAAAAUCUUGGCGAGCCGAUGAUUCAAACCAUCACUGGUUAUUUGAUCUCUAUUGACAUCUGCACCAUCGAAGAUAACAAAUAUGAAAACGAGAAGCUCGCGAAGAUCAGUGGUAACCCGCCCUUCCGUCUGAAAAUAGAUGGACUCACAGAUGCUCAACAGGAUGUUUUGCAGAUUUCUGAGCAAGAAGACGAGUUCGGCCAGUUAUAUCUCUCCAUAAAGAUAAGCGAUUGGGAGAUUUUCGAGGAGAACGCAAGAGAUAAAUCGACCCUUACCGUUGAUAUCGAAGACAAUGAUGGUCGGAAGGGAAAAGUCCCAAUUCUAUUCGAAGCGUCUUCUCAAUGCACUUCUACAGUCACUACAGAUGUCACGGAAGUAAUCUCUCUUGGCAAAGUCAACGUCCAGUCUCAAUUCGUGUUCGAACGAUACAACGAACUGGAGGAAUCUCAAGAAGAAUUAGGAAGAUUUCUCGUUGCUGAGUACAACUCAGUCUUUUCCGGCGUCAAUUCCAUCGAAAAAAUCACCUUUUCUGGAACUCGGCCAGUCUCGCCAGCUGCUGACGCGAAAGUUUGCAACACAACGAAUCCAUGCAGCGCUGCUUCGACACAGUUACUCUUCAGUGCGUCUCAGACGAUUAUCGCGGGAGAAAGCUUCAUUGACGUGGUGGAUAGAGGAGUUAUCAUCGUUGAAGCGUCGUUCAAGAAAUAUAUCGAAGCGAAGAAAAGGAAUGAGCUUCCAGCUUCAAGGAGGGAACGAUCGGCGGAAGAUGUCCCGGAAGUUUUUGUCAACAGAGCCGAAUCUAUUGUAAAUGAAGAAUACUUGUACUACUAUUCCAUUCCAGGGGCGAUUUUGACAAUUUACAUCGUUCUCAUCGCCUUUUUCUGGUACAACUAUCAGCUUACAAUCAGAACUGCCCAUGGCAUCGUCUAUAACAACGGCGACUCUCUAUUCAUCCGCUUGAUCGUCGUCAAGGGCUGCCUCCUUCUUCUCAUUUCCAUCGUCACAAUCGCGCUUGAAUCUCUCCGCGCAUUUGAUUACAUCAAUGGAAAAUCCGUGAAUUUUCGACCGGUUUUUAGCAUCAAAGUCCUUCUCAUUCUCCUCUUGUUGAUUUCUGCCUUGGUCUUCGCGCUGAAAAUCAAGGCGUUUUUGGUCUUCUUGGACGAGAUCAGCAGCUCUUACGAGAAAUUCGGAUGCUUUGUUCCCAAACCAAGAAAUUUGAUUCAAAUCGUAAAUAUGGUGCUGGUAAUUUUUCUUCAUGAUGGCCUGUAUAAAGUUGUUUCGUACUUUUUCUUCGCGAGAUUUAAACCGCCAAAUAUUUGCCUGACAGUCAUAUAUUUCGUUCAAAUUUGCUUUGAUGUCCUUCUUGUCAUCUUGCCGCUCUUCCUACAGACCGUCAUGGCAGUUUAUAACACACUUGUGGAGCCGGAAUUCCCAGCUAGAGUGCUGAAGGUUCAUAUCAAGAAGGUCAUCAGAAACCUCCUGAUUUUCAUGCCACAUGCGACGAUUUUCAACAUUCAAGAUGAAUUCUUCGAGAAAAUCCUCUUCAAAAUCAAGGCUUACUAUGAAACAAAACUCAUCGCGCAGCAUUAUCAAAAAAGCUGGCAGAAGAUUUGGGACAUUCUUUUUUUGAUCGUCGUCUUUGUCAUUAUCAUAGCUUGGAGAAUCGUUGAUAUUUUUCUCACAAUCAUCAUCCAAAUAUCUGGAAUCGUCGAAUUUGCCGUCGACGACAGAUUGCCUGUCGACAAGAUCAGAAAAGGAGAAAUAAAAUGGCGCGCGGCAGAGUUUUACGAAAGAUCGCAAAAGAUACGGUCUCUUGGAUUCUAUCAGAGAAAAAUCACUCCACGAUCGGGAAAUGCAACAGAUGAGCCAGCAUAUGACUGUGGAACUCUUUGCGGAGACAAUUCGUUCGCGAAUGGCCUGGUGAAAUUUAUGGUCAACGAUACAACGCUGUAUGACGAUUUCAAGCCGAGGAUGAACUGCGCUGAUACAAAUUUGCAACUCGAUGAUUUAUCAGCAAAUUCGACGACUUUGCCUAAACUAGAAACAUUUCCCAAUCCCCUUGUUCCCGACGUUCCUGGUUGCUUGAAUGAAUUGGAAAUACUCUACCUGGUUUUCCUUUUUUUGAUGUAUGGCUCCUUCGCCCUUCUCUUUUUCUACAGAAAACGGAUUGGAAAGAUAUACAACCUGAAAACAACCGGAAUAAUCGGCAAAAUCUUUGGCUCAACGCGAGAAAAACUCUCUGAACACGAAGCUUGCAGAGAUGUCGAUUACAUCGGAAAGAACCUGGAUUCAUUGAGCUCUGAAAAGAUUGUAGAAAUAACGAAAAAGAGCUAA